AUGUUCCAUGGAUUGCCAAGUGAAGACCCCAUUGACCACCUUGAUGAGUUUGAUAGGCUUUGUGAUUUGACAAAGAUCAAUGGUGUCUCUGAAGAUGCCAUCAAGCUGAGACUCUUUCCUAUGUCUCUAGCUGACAAAGCUCACCAAUGGGAGAAGAGCUUGCCCCAUGGCACAAUCACCACUUGGGAUGAAUGCAAGAAGGCCUUUCUUGCUAAGUUUUUCUCCACCGGUCGCACAGCCAAGCUUAGAGGAGAGAUAUCCAGCUUCAUCCAGCGAAACAAUGAGACAUUCGCAGAGGCUUGGGAGAGGUUCAAAGGGUACACAAGUCAGUGCCCACACCAUGGAUUCAACAAUGAAUCACUACUCUCCACUCUUUAUAGAGGAUGCUUGCCUAGGUAUAGGGAGAUGCUAGACACAGCUAGCAAUGGGAACUUCCUCAACCAGGAUGUAGAUGAUGGCUGGCAACUUGUGGAGAACAUAGCUAACUCAAAUGGAAGCUAUGGAGAAGAGUAUGAUCGCACCAACCGGAGCUCGACCCACCACUCGAUCGAGUCAGACGAAAAGUUGAGAAAAGAUGUUAAGGCAUUGAAUGAGAAGUUGGAUAAGCUGAUCCUAGCUCAGUCCACAAUGAAGAAAGUCAACUUUGUGUCUGCUGAGGAGAUGGAACCAGUCCAAGAAGGGGAGGAUACACAAUUUGCUGAGGUGUGCUACAUGAGCAAUGGGCAAGGAGGUUACAACAAAGGAUACUAUAACUACAAGUCCAACCCUGCCAUGUCAUACCGCAACACUGAUGUUGCUAACCCUCAGGACCAAGUAUAUCCUCAACAACAAGCAGCUCGAUCGAGUCAGCAACUACUUCAAGGGCAAGCUGAUGGGGUAGUGGACACAAGCAAGAAGCUAGCUGAAAUAAACUCUAAGAUCGAGAACCUCAACACAAGGGUUUACUCUCUGGAGAAUCAUGCUUCUUCUGUUGCUGCUGCUACAAAGCAAGGACAACUACCUGGUAAAGCUAUUCAGAACCCCAAGGAACAGUGCAAGGUCAUCUUCACUCAAGAAGGACUUGUUGAAGAAGAGGAUCAAGAAAGGGUCAUUGAAGAUUUUUGUUUACUGCUGAAUGAUGAAGAGAUUGUUGCUGCUGAGGCUCCUGGAGUCCAGAUUGAUCAACCAGAAGUGCAUGCACCUACUGUGGCCAUUCACACUUCACCAGUUGAGCUCGCACGACAAGCUCGAUCGGCAGCUCGAUCGAGUCCAACUCUAGCUCGAUCGAGUCCGACCUCUUCUGUCCGACAGCCUGUUUUGCUUGAUCCUUACAACCGGUUGCCGCUUCCUCGUCUCGCCUACUUAGUCAAGGUCACAAGGAAGUGA